AAAUAUAAAUACCUUAAAUACCAGUGUAAUGAUCGGAAACAAUACUUAAUAACGAGACUUCAAAAUGCUUUCAGUAGAUUUAAAAUGAAUCUAUUUGGCAAAACGUUGUCAAUAGUUUUAAAAAACGUUUCGGUUAUUCAAAAAACAGCUCCGAAAAAUGCAUCUUUUUACUUUACAUUAAGAAACACUAGCUCACAAAUCAUCGACGGCAAAAAAGUUGCCGAAGAAAUUCAGAAGGAGUUGAAGAGAGAUAUCGACACAUGGGUAAGCGAAGGACACCGAGCUCCAUCUUUGACUGCCAUUUUGGUAGGUGAGGACCCGGCUAGCAAGAAAUAUGUUCGGAAUAAGAUGACUGCUGCUAAAAAAGUUGGUAUUACUAGUAAAACUUUAAAAUUAUCGAAGGACUUAACGGAAGAAGAACUGAUCAAUAAAAUAAAUGAACUUAAUGAAGACCCUUUGGUGGACGGUAUUCUAGUACAGCUUCCCGUCCCCGAACACAUUUCGGAAAAAAACGUAUGCAAUGCCGUAGACCCUAAAAAAGAUGUCGAUGGAUUCCACAUUACUAACAUGGGUCGCCUGGCUCUCAAUCUAGAUACUCUGGUGCCGUGUACCGCUUUGGGUGUCAUUGAACUCAUCAAAAGAUCCCAAAUUGAUACCUUCGGCAAGAACGUGGUAGUUUGUGGUAGAUCGAAAAACGUGGGUCUUCCGAUCGCGUUACUUCUUCAUUCUGACGCUAGAAACGAAUGUCCAGGUCAUGAAGCUACUGUAACCUUGUGUCACAGACACACCCCUCCGGAAGAAUUGGAAUUUUUUGUAAAGCGAGCUGACAUUGUGAUAAGUGCCACUGGUGUAGUUAACUUGAUCAAACCAGAUAUGAUCAAGCCUGGAGCAUGCAUUAUAGAUGUUGGUAUUACAAGGAUACCAACCGAAGAUGGCAAGGACAAAAUUGUAGGAGAUGUUGAUUUUGAAGGUUGUUCUGAUGUUGCAGGUUACAUCACUCCUGUCCCUGGUGGAGUGGGACCAAUGACUGUAGCAAUGCUAAUGUCAAAUACCUUUAAAGCUGCCCAACUUUUGGUAGAAGAGGCUGUUAAGGUUGUGAAAGCCAAUGGGCACUAAAUGUAAUGUUAAAUGAAAACAAAAAAGCAUGUUAGGCUUUAAAAAUAUUUUUCAAAUUUAAAUUUGUAGAAUAUUGUGAGUUUGAUUCUUGAUAUAACAAACAUGCAGUCUUUAUACUCUACUAUUCUAAAAAAUAAUCUUUAAUGUAUAAUUUUACAUUGCUGUACCUCAUUUUUACGUUAAACAUAUGAUGUUUAUACUUUUUAUGUGAUUUGCCAAAAUUUGAUAAUGUAUGUUGUAGUGUGUAAUCUGUAUUGUACAAAGAGAGUGAUAUGACAAACUGAUGUACUUAGAAAUAUAUUUGAAACACUUUCAAAAAUCUAAAAGUCUAAUAAAACAACAUCAACCUUAAUAAUGACAGAAAUUAUGGUCCAGUUUUUAAACAAGAUUUUUAACAGAUAAAAUACAUACUAGAUUGAUCAUUCUUUAAUAAUAUAUUGAAGCAUUUUAAGUUUUUAUAUUCAUAUUUGAUAAACUGGAAAUUUUAUUAGGCCAACACAUGCUUUAUAUUUGUUUGUUUUGCCUUAAACAUUUGGGUUUGUGGUUAUUUUUAUAGUGUUUUAUUCUGACAUUGUUAAAUAUUGAUUACCAGUGUAAUUAAUUGCACAGUAUUAUAAUUUAUGAUUUUUUAGUAGUUCCCCCAUUUACAAUUAUUCAAUUAAAAUUAUAUUUUAUAAAUAUAUUGUUAAAUUAC